UGUUAGUGCGAGUGGGGCACACAUAGUGUUAAUCGGAUGAAUUGUGGUAUAUAAACAGCACUGUGCAGAGUCCAGUGCGCUGCUUUGGAAAUUCAUGCAAUUUCUUUGUAUUCCCAUGUAGGUGAGAGGAAGCUGGGCUGCUACACUGUAGCAAGAGGUGCGGCGGUAACAGUGUUGUUGAAGGCAGCGGCUCCGCUCUGAACAUGAGCAUGGACAGGGAGGCGGCAGGAGCCGUGGGGAGUACAAUCGCUGAAGGAGACGGUGCGGGCUUCGCCAUCCCGGUGCCGCUUCUAUGCCCGAGCACCAGCAACACGGGCAGUCCCAGCAGCAGCGUCCCAGCCGGCACCUACUGGCAGGAUCACACGGCAGCCACCUCGGCGCCCGCCUUGGUGCCCGCUGCUCGGCUCAAGAACCGGCCCACCACGGUGGUUUAUGUGGUGAACGAAGAGGCUCAGCUGCAGCUGGCUGAGAGCUUGGCUCUACAGUGCUUGAGGGAGGCGUGCGAGAGUGUGAGCGCCGCCCUGCAGACUGUGCCGUUCGAGAAGCUGGACUUCGGGGAGACCUCCGUCUUGGACUAUUUCUACAAUGCAGAUAUCGCUGUGGUGGAGAUGAGUGAUGCUUUCCGUCAACCUUCCUUGUUCUACCAUCUUGGAGUGCGGGAGAGCUUCAGCAUGGCAAAUAAUAUUAUUUUAUACUGUGAUACAAAUUCAGACACGCUUCAGUCACUGCAGGAAAUUAUUUGUCAGAAGAAAAAUGCGUCCUGUGGAAACUACAGCUUUAUUCCAUACAUGGUAACUCCACACAACAAGGUCUACUGUUGUGAGAGCAGCUACAUGAAGGGAUUGAGUGAGUUAAUGCAGCCAAAUUUUGAGCUGUUGCUUGGGCCUAUCUGCCUGCCGUUGGUGGAUCGCUUUGUUCAGUUGCUGAAGGUUGCGCACGUCAGCUGCUGUCAGUAUUUUCGGGAAACCAUCCUGAGUGACAUCAGGAAAGCUCGCGAACUUUACAGUGGUAAAGAAUUGGCUACAGAAUUAGGAAGAAUAAGAAAACGCCUAGACAAUGUUGAAGUUCUUUCUGCCGACAUUGUCAUUAAUUUGCUUCUUUCCUACCGUGAUAUUCAGGACUAUAAUGCCAUAGUAACAUUGGUGGAAACUUUGGAAAAACUUCCAACCUGUGACCUAGUGGACAAUCUUCACAUCAAAUUUCAUUAUGCCUUUGCACUGAAUCGGAGAAAUCUUUCAGGUGACCGACAAAGUGCCAUUGCUAUAUUGUUGCCAAUGGUGCAGUCAGAAGAGCAAGUGCCAUCUGACAUAUACUGUCUGCUGGGAAGAAUCUACAAGGACAUGUUUCUGGACUCUGGGUUCCAGGACACUGAAAGCCGAGAUAAUGGUGCUUAUUGGUAUGGAAAAGCUUUUGAAUCUGAGCCAACAGUACAUUCUGGGAUAAAUUUAGCCGUUCUACUCCUCGCAGCAGGACAUCAGUUUGACACAUCCUUUGAACUGCACAAAACAGGUGUGAAACUCAGCAGCCUAUUGGGAAAAAAGGGAAAUCUGGAAAAAAUACAGAGUUACUGGGACGUGGGCUUUUUCCUUGGUGCCAGUAUGUUAGCAAAUGACCCUCUCCGAGUUAUUAUGGCUUCUGAGAAGCUUUUUAAACUCAGGGCUCCGGCAUGGUAUCUGAAGUCUGUUGUACAAACCAUUCAUAUAUACCAGCGUUUCAAGAAACAAGCGCCAGAGCAGCCCUCUGAAUGUCAGGAACGGAUGGACUUUUGGAUGGAUUUCAUUGUCGAAGCCACCAAUGAAGCUGUGUCACUGGUUCGAUUUCCUGUUUUAAUCUUGGAGCCAACUAAAGUCUUCCAGCCUGCUUAUUUAUCCAUAAAUAAUGAUGCAGAAGAGAAAACCGUAUCCAUUUGGCAUGUGUCACCAAAUGACAAGAAUGGCAUAUACGAAUGGAACUUCAAUGCUGCAACUAUUAGGGGUGUGAGUGUUUCAAAAUGUGACGAGCGUUGUUGCUUCCUGUAUGUUCUGCAUAAUUCGGAUGACUUUCAGAUAUAUUUUUGCACAGAGCUUCAUUGCAAGAGAUUCUGUGAAAUGGUAAACUCUAUAACUGAUGAGGUAGGAAAGGGUGCAGAAGAAGGAGACUUGGAGGGAGAUGCGUUGGAGUACGAUUAUGAAUAUGAUGAGAAUGGUGAAAAGGUUGUACUGGGUAAAGGGACAUUUGGAAUGGUCUAUGCAGGCAGAGACCUUAGCAACCAGGUCAGAAUUGCUAUUAAGGAAAUCCCAGAAAGAGACAGCAGAUAUUCCCAACCUCUCCAUGAAGAAAUUGCUCUUCAUAAGCACCUCAAGCACAAGAACAUUGUACAAUACCUGGGCUCUAUUAGUGAAAAUGGUUUCAUUAAGAUCUUUAUGGAGCAAGUUCCUGGAGGCAGCCUCUCUGCCCUCUUACGAUCAAAAUGGGGCCCCUUGAAGGAUAAUGAACAGACCAUUGGAUUUUAUACCAAACAGAUCCUGGAAGGAUUGAAAUACCUUCAUGACAAUCAAAUAGCUCAUCGCGAUAUAAAGGGUGACAAUGUGCUGAUAAACACCUACAGUGGAAUCUUGAAAAUAUCAGAUUUUGGUACCUCAAAAAGACUUGCAGGAAUCAAUCCAUGUGCUGAAACAUUCACAGGAACGCUUCAGUACAUGGCACCCGAAAUAAUAGACAAAGGACCAAGAGGUUAUGGGAAGCCUGCUGAUAUCUGGUCAUUAGGAUGCACAAUUAUUGAAAUGGCAACAGGGAAACCUCCAUUUUAUGAAUUGGGAGAACCUCAGGCUGCUAUGUUUAAGGUUGGAAUGUUUAAAAUUCAUCCAGAUAUUCCAGAUUCAAUGUCGCCAGAGGCCAAGGACUUCAUACUUCGUUGCUUUGAACCAGAACCUGACAAGCGCGCCACUGCUCCCGAAUUGUUGUCAGACGAGUUUCUGAAGGUUACCAGCAGAAAGAAAAGGUCACAGCUAAAACAGCAAGAUUAUCUUCGCAGCAUAUCCCUUCCAGUUCCAGUUGUUGUGGAGGAAUUGAGUAGUGGCAGUGAAUUUGGCUCAGUUUCACCAGACUCCGACUUGAAGCAGGACCUAUUCUUUUUCAAAACAAGGGCGAAAUCCUGCAUUGAGAAAGAGAACAAAGGAGCUCGACCUUUGCUUCUCAGUAUUCCUGAUGAUCACUUUGAAGAUCAUAGUGCACCACCAUCACCUGAGGAGAAGGAUGCAGGGUUCUUCAUGCUAAAGAAAGACAGUGAGCGAAGGGCGACUCUACAUCGGAUACUGUCUGAGGACCAGGACAAGGUUGUGAGAAACUUACUUGAAUCUCUGAUGCAGGGUUCCGAAGAACCAAAGCUCAAAUCCGAGCACAUCAGCACACUUGUUAUUAGUUUGCGAGAGUUUGUGAGAUCAACUGAUCGCAAAAUCAUCUCAGCCACCCUUUCUCGACUGAAGCUGGAGUUGGAUUUUGAUAAUCAUGCCAUUAACCAAAUUCAGAUGGUGCUCUUUGGUUUCCAAGAAGCUGUAAAUAAAGUCCUGAGAACCCAUAAUAUUAAACCUCACUGGAUGUUUGCUUUGGAUAACAUCAUUCGCAAGGCUGUGCAGACGGCUAUUACCAUUCUUGUACCUGAACUGAGACCACAUUUCAGCCUUGCCUCUGGGAGUGAUGCUGCAGACCAAGAAGAAGCAGAUGAUGAGGAUGGUGAUGAUGAAGAUCACAAUGAGCCAUCUCACUCUCAAACCCAACGGCCGACUGCUAUGAAUGAGGAGCCAAUACCAACCUCGGGUGUUAGCACCCUUAGUUCAACACUGUCCCAUGACUCCCAAUACAUACAUAGGACCCUGAGCAUGCAAUUAGGAAGGCUUAAAUUAGAAACCAGCAGACUUUUAGAAGAGCUUAUUCAGAAGGAAAAGGAUCAUCAAAUUCUUCUUCAUCAAGCAAUUGAAGAAAAGGAGCACGAAAUUAAACUGCUCAGAUUGAAGUCACAAUCAAUAGACCAACCUAUUCUGACUGUGUGUCACCAUGAUUCUUCUCCAGUGAACACCGGAGACCCUGAACUUAUUGACUGGUUGAGGGAACAUGGAGCUGAUGAAGAUACAAUAGAUAGGUUUGUGGCAGAUGACUAUAAUCUGAUUGACGUUCUCAACUACAUGACAAGAGAUGAUCUGAAGUGUUUGAGGUUGAGGGGUGGAAUGCUUUGCAAGUUAUGGAAAGCAAUCACGGACAACAGAAAAAGUGAAAUUCCUUCCCUGCUAGGUCAUUUGUAAGGAACUUGCAUUAAGACACCUAAUAACAUCUCUCAGUGAGAUAACAGCACUUUAAAUUAAAAUAAAUUAGACAGUGAAAGCAUAUGGGUCGUUAAUGUGUGUACUGCAACAAGUACUGUGUACCUGAAAUGUUGACAAAGUGUGUAUGUGCUGUGAAUAUUUCGCCCCACAACUGUGCAAUUUUGCCAACUGUUUCUAUGUAAAAUGACAAUAUUUAAGCAAGAGAAUGAUGAUGCUUUUAAAUCCAGUCUUAAGGGAUAAUUUUCCAACUUCCCAUUCCCAGUGGGGGACCUCUACUCACUCGUGAGCGCAUAUUGGAUAUAUGGAUGUCCAUUGUAUAUGAUUUACCAGCCAUCAAAAAUGAUGUGCAAUGCAUACCCAGUCUUCUAAUGUACACUCCUAGUGAGUGAGGCUUCCUGUUGAGAGCACAAAACUGGAAAAUUACCCCUUUUAAGUUAGUCACAUUUAGGUUUCUAUUUUGACUUCCACUAACAAAUAACAGAAACCCAUUGUGCACUAAAUACUGUUUUUAUACCAGAAUUUUUUCGUGUUCAUAUGGAUGGCAUUUCACUGAACUACUGUUAACUUAGUGCACAAAACUGCACAUAUAAGUUUUUUUUAAACAAUACCUGGAAAAAUAACCAGAUGCCUUUACACAUUUCUGCGGUUGAACAAUCUAAUUUACAGGACUAAAAUCGGUAAUGGUUAUUCUGUGAAGUGUAUGAAUGUUAUAUCUAAUUGUCCCAGUUUUUGUAAUAUACAUUGAUUGGCUUUAUAUUGUGUAAUUACAGUUAAUCAUGUUUACCUUUGUAAUGGAUGUUGUAACAUGCUUUAAAUCUUAAUGCUACAGUUUACAUUCAUUGCUGAACUUUGUGCCAACAACGGCUUGUUCUAAAGCUAAAAAAAAAACCACUUUCAGAAAUAAAUCGGUAAAUAUGACAAAA